UUCGUUUCGGGCAAGCAGCGGCGACGGUGAUAGACGGCGCUCUCUCGGAACGAUACGUUUCGGAAGAUUAAUUCCGAAAGUGGCCGGAGCUAUUUCGAACCGCGGUAGGAAUUGAGUGAAUCGAUCAAGGCGCGCAUUGCCGGCGACCUUUGCUCAAAGAGCGCCGGCCGCAUUAAUAAGGACGGUCGACUGCGCCGCGCCGGAGACUUUAAGUGGCAGAACGAGUGGCGGCAAAGGAGGCUGGUGAAAGAGAGAGAGAGAGAGGGGGGGGGAAGGUAGAGACAGCAUUCCAAGUGGUAGAACAAGAACUCGGAAGAGGCGCAAGCGGAAUAAGAAGCACGAAGAUAGCAGCUGUGUCGGACGGGGUCUAUGGCGAUGAGACCGGAAGGUUAAUCUGGAAGGUUGGAUAGAGCGAAGAACGGAGAGGCUGGAGUAGCUAUCGCGACGUGGUGGAAAAAGUGGACCUUCGACCCGGCUGGAUGUGAGAAAUUGGGGGGUGGGCUUGAGGAUGUGUGAAGACGAAUGCGCCGAAGAUAAGAGCCGGUUGAAGUGGAAGGCGAACGUUGAUCCUUGAACUCUGUUAUCCCGGCGGGGAUAGAAAGAAGGGAGCGUGUGCUACCACGUGGGCGCGACGCGAUAAAAAUCGAGGUGCGUGGUCUCGAAAGAUACGAUUGGCCGAGAAACACGGCCGUUUCGCGAGCCGGUUUCCCCGCGGUAAGAACUCGCCAUUAAGAUCCCGAAUACGAUCGUCCGAAAGAGUUAGAGGGGGAGAGAGAGAGAGAAUUCCCGAGGAAGUCUCUUCCUCGGGGCCGAAUCGAUUCGUCAAGUCGCGAACGGUGGUCGCCGCGCCGAAGUUAUCGCAGAAUUAUCGAGGAUGCUCGAGCGGUGAGAACGACGAUUCCUUCGGUGCUAAUUAACUGGAGACUCGAGAACGAGGGAUCCGCGAUCCUGUUGCACACUCGGCCGUCCUACAUUCCGGUUGAAGGAAGUGCUGCGGGUGGUGAGCCGGUGGGUGGAACGGUGAUGGCAUGAGGACAUUAGUGAGGACGCGCUGCGGGUCCAGCGAGGAGGAGGAUGAGGAUGGUGGUGGGCGUGAUGGUCCUUGGUCAGCUACUGACGAGGAUCCUGCUCGCGGCCCACGCGGGAGAUCGCCUCGCGGCAGCUCGCAGAAUUCUCAGAGACGUGCCGUUGAUAGAUGGGCACAACGACCUACCCUGGAAUAUACGGAAGUUUCUGAAGAACCAGCUGAGGGAGUUCAGCUUUGAUGACCUAAGGGACACCCAUCCUUGGUCACGAAGCGCCUGGAGCCAUACAGAUCUCAGGAGAUUGAAGGAGGGCAUGGUUGCAGCGCAGUUUUGGUCCGCUUACGUGCCCUGCUCGUCGCAGCAUCUCGACUCGGUGCAGCUGGCCCUGGAACAAAUAGACCUUAUUCGUCGAUUGGUCAACAAGCAUCCCGAAAGCAUGGUCCUCGUUACCACAGCGGAAGGUAUCGAGAGGGCGCACAAGGAGGGUAGAUUAGCGAGCCUGAUAGGGGUCGAGGGUGGCCAUGCCGUGGGGACGAGUCUGGCGGUACUGAGGAUGCUGUACGAGCUGGGCGCCAGGUAUCUCACCCUCACGCACACAUGCAACACGCCUUGGGCAGACUGCAGCACGGCGGAUGAACCCGGUCAAGUGCCUCAAAUCGGUGGUCUCUCAAAUUUCGGCAAGAGUGUCGUACUGGAGAUGAAUCGACUUGGGAUGAUGGUGGACCUCUCUCACGUCUCGGUGCCCACGAUGCUGGACGCCAUGACGACGUCGAGGGCGCCGGUGAUUUUCAGUCACAGUAGCGCCCACGCUCUCUGCAAUUCCUCGCGAAAUGUGCCUGACCACGCGCUGCGACAUUUGGCGCAGACCGGUGGUAUAGUUAUGGUAUCCUUCUAUCCCCAUUUUAUCAGCUGUGGUGAAAAAUCGACGCUCGAGGAUGUGGCAGCGCACAUCAAUCACGUGCGGAAGAUCGCCGGGGUGGAUCACGUCGGCAUCGGAGCUGGAUACGACGGGAUCAAUUUGACACCAACGGGCCUGGAAGACGUCAGCAAGUAUCCGGAGCUCUUCGCGGAAUUGCUAGCGCGUGGCUGGUCGGAGAGAGACAUUCAGAAGCUGGCUGGCCUGAAUCUUAUACGGGUGUUCAAGGCGGUGGAACAGAUUCGCGACAGCAUGGCCGCGGAGGGUAUGGAGCCCCUGGAGGAGGAGAUCCCGCACGAGGACAUAAUCGGUCGCGAUUACUGCCGUUACACCAUAAAGCGCCCGAUGGCGCCUUAAACCGUCAGAAUCCUCUUUUGGCGAAGGGACGAAGAAACGAACGGAACGCAAGCACGACGAUGGCGAUCGAAGCGGAAACAGAGAGAACGAAGCGAUCGAGAGGAAGGAAUAAGAUCACUGCCCCAGCGGGAGUAAAACUCACCCUUUACAACUUUACCCCAAGUUCGCGACCGCUCGCAUCUCCCAGGGACGGCUCUGUGUCCGCACACACACACAUACACACGCACUUACACACAAAAACGAAUACACACGUACACAUAUAAAUACAUGUACACAUACUACUCUGUUCCUCCCCUACCCUCACUUUCACACACACUCUCUCUCUCUCUCUCUCUCUCUCACUCUCACUCCUUUCGAUCCUACUCGACGUUAUCCACGAUUCUCAUCUUUGUACGUAAGUAGGUAGGUAAACUCGAUUUCCGCCAGAGAUACCGAAGCUGCGAGAGAUGCGAGUGCUCGCGAAGGAUAUCGAGCGAGACGGCCAGUGGCACGUCAGUACCGCGACCGGAGGUACGAAGCUUCCGGCAAAAAUUGCAGCUGGAACAAACACGUAUCGCUAAUCACGCCCGGGAAAUAAUCAGAAUCUAAUUCUCGAAUCGCGCGACUUCGCUUGCGCGUCGAUGAUCCGCUCUGUCCGCGUCUAAACAAUAAAAAGAAAAUACAAAAGAUCUUUGUAAUUACUGAUCGUCGUAACCAAUCGUUAUCGUCGAUUAUUAAUAACGCGCCUGAACUCGCCAGUGUGUCGAAUAAAAAUUCAUUUAAACGCGAAUCGGUUUUGAAUUUGCGCGUUUCACAACUCGAUCCACCUGUCGAUCGAUUCGUUCCGCGUCCGCGACUCUUCGAUCUUUAUUACAUUUAAUAACCGUACGCAGCUUAAUCGAUUAUUCCCAAUAAUAACGGUAUGCUGCGUAUUAAUGAAGCAACGGUCUAUUAAUUUGAAACUAGCGCGGGCAUUACUAUUGUAGCGCUAUCGAUUACUCCAACCCGCCAUUGUCAAGCUAUUGUAUAAUUUAUCAACUUACCCUAGAAAAUCAAAUAGUCGAGCGACGAAUACAUGCAAAAUUAUGUUACGCGCUCGGUGGCGCGGUCAACUUGCGAGAGUCCCAUUUGGCGGUAACGGGAAUACAGCCUUUUCACCACUGCCUCGUUUUAAUUAAUUCGUUAUCUACUUAUAUCAAACGAAACGCACAACGGCCUUUAUUCGCAGCCAGUUAGGAACAAAGGAAUUACGCGACUGUAAAACGAUCGUCGAGAAUCACUGCGGCGUACGGUCGUCCGAUUGUAGUGUUGCGGUACUGAUACGUACACCCCGUCGUGCGAUGGUUGAACGAAAGAGCGCGUGCCUCGUGUGCAUCGUUGACAAAAGAAACAGCCGGCUCGAUCGAGCUGCCGAUGCUGGCCGAAAGGUAAGAACGGAACAUAGAAACCGACAACGGCACGACAACGAGGCGACGAACGCACAUUAUCACUGCGAUACGAAGACCAACGCGUUUGUAUAAAUGUUUAACGAUUUAGCCACGGGCAUACUCGAUGUUAAAUUUGUACUCAGCGAUUUCCUCGUCGAAGCUGGAACCAAAAACACUGUCCUAGUCAAUAAUUAUAUUAUGUAUACAUCGCGACACUGAACACGUGCGACGAAAUAUGGGCGAUUACUCGAGUGCGAAUGGACGAUCGUUUGCGAAUGUAAAACCGUACGAAAGAAGGAACGAGAGAGAAAGAGAGAGAGAGAGAGAGAAAAAGAAGAGAGUGAGUGACGCGACGUGCGUGUGUAUGUGUGUGCGCAAAUGACUACACAACUUGUACAUACGGUACCUGAAGUCGAAAAAAAAACGAAAAAACAUAUUAUUCCUCCAGCACGUCAAGCCGACCAUGUUGGAUCGAAGAGCCAGGUCAACCCGAGUGUCCUCGAUUCCUUUUAAGCUACCCCGACACAAAGUCGUGUCGCGCGACGGGUAGGCGAAAUAUUUCGAUAUUCCAGCUCGCUGUUGUCGAGCGAUACACUCGCGGUUUUGUGAGGACUGAUCCUCCCUUUAAUCUCGCCGGCUGCGAUUCGAGAUGGUAGGCUUGACCAACGACGCGAUCUACGAGGAGCUACGAACGAGGCUAAUCGCGAAGCGACUGGGACACACCGUCGACCAAGUCGAUAAUCAUGUCGCUCGAUACUUGUGUGUAAGCCUUUCCUACGAUUUUGCACGAUCGAAGUUGAACGUCGAUACAUAUUACGUCGGCGUAUAUCAAAUUCAACGAUGGUUUUUUUAAUUCUAUACCGUGGUUACGCCACAAUUCGCCGCCGCGUACGAUUCUGAAAAAAAAGGGAAAGAAGAGAAAGAGAGAGAGAGAGGAAAGAGUCGCGAGAUUUUUCGUCUCGCGCAGUCCUGCGCAGGCGGACCGUUUUGCACCAAAAUUUUAUCAUAGCGAAGAGCAAACCGGUGAAAAGCAUCGGAGCACUCGAACGAAUGCAUCGACUUCCCUCGUGCCACGACGAUAUGGUCGUUAAUAACUCUCUAUUGAGCGGCUGUUUAAUUCAACGUAAAUCACUCAACGAGUGAUACACCAACGUUGAUACAUCAAGCGUCAGAAAUAUUCGCGUACGUUUUCAUCCGGGAUGAAGAAUGGAAAUUCAGUUGCGUGUAUUCUAAUCGGGCGAUAUUACACUUCGUGGUACGCAGGUACGCGCCAUGAAACUGCACAAAACUGUAGACGUCGGAUUUUGUUUAUUCGCAUUGUUACAAACGCAGCACUAUGCAGUAGAGAGUUAAUCAAACCGAUCGCACGUCCGAUCGAUCUAGCGACCAUUCUCGUGCGAGCAGAAUAGGAUCGACGAAACGCGAGCCUCGUAACUAAUAUCUCAUAAGGUUUCGAAAGUUACUGGUAUCUAAAAUAAAUCUACGGCAAGUCGAAUGCCGUCGUUGCAAAAGCGAGCGAGUUCUCAUUUAUUUCCAUCCUGCCCUUAGAUAUUAUCGUUAAUAUAAGCAUGAAUAUUUACACGACGAAAAAUAUUCACGGCAAUUAUGAGUCGGAGGAUGCCGUUAUAAAUCAACGUAUGAGAAAUCAAAGUAAAUGGCAGACCGGAGAGCGUUAAGAUUGAUCUUCAUAAAAGGGAAAAUUACAUCCGAAAAGAGGUGAAAUUCGCAAUAUGUCAGUAGUUUAUACUUUUGUACGAGAACGUGUUAUUCCAAGCUCGAACGUCACUUCAUCAAUGAGCUUAACUUAUUCAAACGGCAAGAGGAAAAUCCUCGCUAUAAUUUACGUUUUUCAGGCGGAAAUACAAAAAACGUCGACGGACCAAACUCACGUGCGAAUGUGCAGCCAUCGAGUGGGAACGACGAGGAAGUUAGGAAAGAGCGAGAGCAUCGUAUGUCCGUAUAGAUGAGCGGGCGGACGGCCCUUUCAACGAUAAUUAAUUUCUCCGCCCAUUCGCGGAACCCUAACGAGCUCGUUAAAAAGUUUCGACACGUUUAGACCCGGAUUCGGCCAUGGAAAAACCAUUUAAGCUUCUUUCCUUCGUCGACUCGUGGGGUUGAAUGGGACCGGCUAGUUUCUACGCGCGGCCCUCGACCGUCCCUCGGAACCGACUGCUUUUUUCCCCGUCUUCCGACGUCUAUCUCGCGCCGUUACGAUCCUCACCUCCACCUUCUCUCACUCGCGCUCGACUGCCAGCCGCGCACCCACCCCUCGUCGUUCACCU